AUGGACGACAGUGAUUCCGAUUUAUCUAGCUUAGAUGAGGCUAUUGAUAUUAGUGAGGAUGACAGGUUCGAUAUUAUUAAUUAUAUUGAAAAUCGUUUUAAUACUAAUAUUGGUGAUAUCGAUGGAGGCGAGGGGUAUCCCUUGUGGGUCUACGAGUUUAUUAGAAAUGAAAGUAGGUAUUCCUCACCACCAAGAGUUCCGGCUCACAUUGCAGCUUUAAAUGAGGAACUGAAAUCCCACCGCCUUGGUUUAGAAAUAUUAAAUCUAAUGGAUUCUGAUCCUAGUCAGCAUCGGGAAGCGUUUGGUAGAGUUAUUGAAAUUCUUAGGGAACUACUGAAGGAAAACAGGACGUUGGAUUAUUUCAUUGACCGAUUUCUUGAUGAAAAGGAAGCCUGGUAUGCUCACCCUAGUUCCGAAAUGAAUGUCGUUGAUAAUUAUAUUAAUGAUCGUUUUGGAAUCAGAACUAGGUAUAUCAAGGUAGGUAAGAAUUACUCGGAAUGGGUAAAUAAGUUUGCGAAAUAUUCAUAUGAGCACUUCAGACUCAGAGAUGAAGCAAUGGCAAAAGAAAGGGACACGGUUCCUAAUUUCGGUGAAAGGCAGGAUUACUAUGAAAGGUGGAGGGCUACAAUUAUCUCUUCAAUCGGCCUGGGAAAAUACAAGGCGGUAUUGAAGAAUAAGGGUGUGACUGAAAAAGAGUUUAUUGACAUUGUGGUAGGAAGGUCGAAAAAGUUACUCAUGUUAAAAAAAAUAUACAAUGACAAUAUGGAAGAAAUACGUAGACUUAGGGACUGGGCGAAGAAAAACAAGUCCCCCCUCGGAGCGGCCAUAGCAAGUGUUACGAUAGCUGUAUUACUGGUGGGAGUGCUUUCCAAAGUUGCACUUUCCAGUGGGUCUAACUAUACAGCUAGGGCAGCUGAUAAGGUUAGACCUGAUAGUAAAGAAUCACCUUCAUUUGCUGAUGUUAUUAGGUUAGCUAUAGCUAAGGCUUUAGACUCUGUCUCAGAUUUAACGCUUUGGUUGGCGGGUAACCUGUUGGCCGCUGGGUUGGGGAUUGUGGUUGUAGUGUAUGCUAUAAACAACUAA